AUGCUUCGCAUUACUGCAAGUUUUGUUGCUGCCAUUAGAAAGCACAAAGAAGAAAUGCAAAUGCAGAAAUUCUCAUCCUUCCUUCGAUCAUCGUCUUACAGACUCUCCACCUUCAAUGAAAUGCUUUUGGCCUGCCACAGUGUCGUCUUCACUACUUGCUUCCCACUCAUUCUACUCACUUUCCUUAUGGUCUUCUACCACUACCUCCGCAGCGGGCCCUUCUCCAUCUUAAACAUCUGGUUUCUUUCCCUUGCUUCCUCAAUCAUCCUAAUAAAGUCCGGCCUUUUUCUACUCCUACGCCGGAAAAAGCCCGUUGAAUGGUUUGUUGGGGACGAGGAGAACCCCACGGUUUUUGCUGGAGCAAGCAUUGAUAAUCGGGUAGGUACAGAGUUGUACUCUAAUGGGGAUUCAUAUGAAGGGGAGCUUUACUUGGGGAAGUUCAACGGGAGUGGUGUCUAUGAUUUCUUCGAGCGAGGGAGAUACGAGGGCGAUUGGGUGGACGGGAAGUGCGAUGGCUAUGGGAUCGAGCGGUGGGGGAAGGGAACACGAUACUAUGGUCAUUAUCGCAAGGGCCUAUAUCAUGGUUUUGGUGUCUAUCAAUUCAACAAAAGCGUCGGCUAUGCCGGUGAAUGGGCUCGCGGACAAAGCAACGGCUAUGGAGUGCUGAGAUGCUCGGAUGGUGGCUGCUAUGUGGGACAGUUCGAGUUUGGGGUGAAACAUGGCUUAGGGGUCUAUCAUUUCAGUAAUGGCGAUAAAUAUGCGGGUGCAUAUUUCGGCGGAAUGGCUCAUGGAUUUGGAGUUUAUUACUAUGCCAAUGGUGACUGUUAUGAAGGCUCAUGGCAGGAAGGCGUGCAGCAAGGUUUCGGAAUGUACGCCUUAAGAGGUGGAGGUGUUAAGUCAGGAGAAUGGAACUAUGGAACUCUCAAGAACUCCCUCUCUCCUGCACACCCUCAAGUUUACAGCUUUGCUCAGAGUGGAAGAAAUGCUGCAGAGAGGGCAAUUCUUUUGCCCACUGUGGAAGAUGAACUCAACCGAGCUGUUUCUGCUGCAAACAGAGCUGCCGCUGCAGCUCGCGUCGCUGCCGUCAGAGCUGUUCGAUACCGUGAAGAAAGAAGCAAAGCUUGGCAUCUUCUAACUGAAAGCUUUCGCUCUCAUGUGUCGAAGUUCGUUAAUUUGCUAGCUUGUUCUGGACGGGGAUGGAGAUUUGAAUACAUUGGCUGAUUUUUAAUGUUCU